AUGCUGCAACUACCAAACCACUCUCCCUCCUUCCUCUGUAGAAGCAAAGCCAAACCAAAACCAGACACAGCCAAAGCACAGAUUGAUCAAACCUACGUUCUUGACAUGGGUCGACUUGCACCAUUGUCAGAAGAACCCAAUAUUAACGAAGAAGAAGAUGCCACAAAUCGCUCUAGCAAAGGCAUAAUGAGAAGCCAGACAUGGAGGAAAUGGAUCAAGACCCACCUCACCUCCCUUGCCAUCUUCAACAAAAGGUCCAACUUCAAAGUGCUCCUGAGCGUUCUGGGGUGCCCUCUCUUCCCCGUUUCUGCCCUCCCGAAACCGCCCCUCAACGAGGUGGGAUCUACUGCGCAAUACAUAGUACAACACUUCACAGCAGCCACAGGCUGCCGUAAGAUAGAAGGUAAAGUCAAGAACAUUUUCGCAACCGGAAAAGUGAACAUGGCGAUGGUAGCUGAUCCUGGUCCUGGCAGCACCACCAGCGGAGCCACCACUAUAUCGGAAAAAGGGUGUUUUGUAAUGUGGCAGAUGAUACCAAAUAAGUGGCUGAUUGAGCUAGUUUUGGGUGGUCACAAAAUAGCAGCGGGCAGUGAUGGCAAUGUGGCAUGGCGGCACACGCCGUGGCUCGGAGCGCACGCUGCCAAUGGCGGUGUUCGCCCUCUCCGGCGAGCACUCCAGGGACUAGACCCCAUGGCGAUAUCAGCUGUAUUUGCCCCAGCACAGUACAUGGGCGAAAAGGAAAUCUCGGGCGUCGAUUGCUUUGUCUUGAAAUUGUCAGCUAAUCAGGCAGAUCUAUCUGAGCGAAGCGAUAGCACUGCAGAGAUGAUCAAACAUGUGAUAUUUGGUUACUUCAGCCAAAGAAAUGGACUGCUAGUGUAUUUAGAAGAUUCAUACUUAACUAGGAUCCAGUCACCUGGUGCCUAUCCUACAUACUGGGAGACAACAAUGUCAACGAAAAUCGAAGAUUAUCGGACUGUGGAAGAGGUGGUGAUCGCGCACGCCGGUCAGACGACUGUGGUCAUCACACAGUUCGGGGACAAUUUGAAGACGGGCUCUGCAAUCACAAGGUUAGAAGAAACAUGGAGCAUCGAUGAUCUUGCUUUCAAUGUUGAGGGACUCUCAAUGGAUUGCUUUAUUCCUCCUAAAGAAGUGCAGAAAGAUCGACCGAAGAAAACUCUCGAUUGGAGAUCACCAUUGCAUUGAGCAUGUUCAUGAAUCAUUUUCACC